AUGUCCGAUAUUUCUAGACAUGUUGAAUCCCUAGCCGGGCGUCUGCUCAUUCAGAAUGAUGUAGCUUCGAUGAAGAGGAUCACCGACGAAUUUGCCGACACGCGGCCGGCCGCGGAAACUGCCAAGAUACUUCGACAGGUCUUGGAGAAGCUAUCAAACGGAGCGCAAAGCCGCAGGCGAAUAAGGAAGCUGGUUGUGCACUUUGAAAAAAUUGCAGGAUUAGAAAAGUUGUGGCCAAGGGGCAUAUUUAUCCCUCUUGAAUUCUCUCCGCGUCGGAGGGGCAAGUACGGUUAUAGCUUUCGCCUCAUAGAUGAUCUCUUCACCAUAACCCAUCUUUAUAUUGACGCAGGAAACCCAAAAGAGGUUCUGCUAGCGCUUUGGAACAAGGAUGAGGACGUAGGGGUCAUUGGCCAGGCUCUCUCGGCCGCCGAAAGCAACAAGGUGUCUGAUCAAGCUAUAGGGGCCGCUAAAGCUAUGGCAUUUCGUGUCUUCACAGAGCCUGGUAUCGAAGAGAUUGAGGGUUCUGAGGCAGAUGAAAGCCAUGGUGGAGGUCACGAGUGCGCGAUGGCAGUGGAAGCGGCACGGAGGGCGUCAUCAGAAUCCAAUCUAUCUGGCUAUGACCCGGGAUCUUUCGCUUUUCAUGCUAAUGAUUUAGAUUCGGCGUCUUCAAGACAAGGUGAGGAGUCCCGGAGUGAAGACGACCAAGAGUUAGUUGGGUAUGUAACAUUGCUACCUCGCAACUCAACUGCCGAAAGUCAGACCCCAUUACCACUGGACCCUCGACUGCUAUCCCCGACCGAAGAGACGAAGGAGCGAUAG